GUCGUUUGUAACGCAGACGUUCGACAAGACUUUAAUAUUGACGCAGAUAGACGAAGUGAAGACGGUGCAUGACGCCAUUCCGCCCAAAAAUUGGAGCAAAACGGCGUCCACAACUCCAUGAUUUCUUUUUGCUGAAAAUACCCUUUUAGAUUGACUGUACCGCCUCGUGUACCUUCACUUCAGUGUGAUGCCUUUCACUGAUGGUUCACCGAGUCCCUUCAGCGGAAGCAUCUGUUUCUAGCGAUUUAGCAACAACGUGGAGAAGCUAUAAAACGACCACGGUUUGGGAUACUUCUUCACUUGUCAGUGUGACGCCAACAAUCAACCAUGCAGCCCUACGUCGUUCUCUUGGCUCUCUGCUUCAUCGGUCUUGUCAACGCUGUUGACAUCAACUGUGACGACAACCCCUGUCAAAAUGGCGGAACCUGCAGGAAGUUCAUUAUAUCAUUCUGCUCCUGCCCACUAGGUAUCCAUGGAGACUUAUGUGAAAUCAACCCAUGCGAAGACGCUGAUGAUCCGUGCCAGAAUGGGGGAACUUGCAGCAACAACCUGCUCUCUCGGAAUUACACGUGUUCCUGUCCAUACGGCACCAACGGCAGACAUUGCGAAAAUAUUCCUUGCAAAGGUGACCCUUGCCAAAACGGCGGGACCUGUUACCCGAGCCUCUUCAGCAACAAAUACAGCUGCUCCUGCACUCCCGAGUACUACGGUGACAACUGUGAAACACGCAACGACAAGUGUGACGUUAAUCCUUGCUUGAACGGCGGAACAUGCAAGGUUUUCGGAAAGUCCCAGUACUGCGUGUGCCCACCUAAUGUCAAUGGCAAAGACUGCGAAUACAAUCCGUGUGCUAAGAAGCCGUGCGGUACCGGGACGUGCUCUUCCAUAUUUCAGAACGAGUACCUGUGCUUCUGCCAAGAUGGCCACAUCGGCAAAUGCUGCGGCGGGCACGACGCACCGAAACCCUCGCCCGACCCAUCUGGGUUGUAGCCAGUUGAGCUGUUGGCAUAAACCUACAUCCCUAGCCACUGAAUCGAUCAGUCCACGUCUACCAAGAUGCCAGUUAUUCAGAAGCGUAGAAAAUAGACAGCCGCUUAGUGUCCCUGCUUAAUAAUUACUAAUUGUCGACAGUAAACAAUGACACUUUGAUCUUUACCAAUUCAAAAUAAAGAUAAAACGGGAGGCAAAUUAGUAACACAACAAAUAUGCAUGAUUCUGUUGUUAGUUACGGUUAUUUGAAGUUCAAGGCUACAUGCGUGCCUUAUCCGCAUGCACUGAGCACCACAGUGGGAAAAAGUACACAUUUUUGGUUGACCCGUCUCGGAAAAAAUAGGCGCUACGCAAGAAUGACCACAAAGAGUUACUCUAAACUUCUGAAAAAUAUGCACUUCGGCAAUAUUGAAAAAUGUCGGGGGGGGGUAGGUUAAGUUAACGAAAAGGUUACAAGUCAAUAUCUGCUUUGGCAAGUUUCACUUUCCUGAUAGAAUUUACCACCUUUUAUUGCAUGCAUGCUACAGCUUCAAACGUCUGACCGACAGUUACUGAAUUAAUCGAUUGCAUGGAAGAUUAAUCAAUUGCAUGGAAGAUUUGUAAUCGUAUACCAAAUAAUAUUUUCCAAUUCACAACCUACUAGUAGCAGCUGCUGAAUAAAUGCUAAAGAGCGAAAAGAA